AUGGCAGGAGAGAAGGGAGGUGCAGAUGUGGCGCUGGAUCCUCGUCUGGACUUUCUCGCAGGAACGAUAGCUGGCGUUGCCGCCAUCGCUGUUGGUCACCCAUUCGAUACAGUGAAAGUACGCUUCCAGAACCCGUCGACGGCGGGGAAGUACAGAUCAACAUUCCAUGCCCUGACGACCAUCGUGCGCGAAGAAGGCCCUCGCGGUCUAUUCAAGGGAAUGGCAUCGCCAAUGGCAUCUGCACCCAUCCUGAAUGGCUUCGUCUUUGCCAUAUACGGGUUCCUUAUGAAAGCGCAACUACGAUCGGAGAACGCGGUGCCGACGUUGACGCAGGUCUUCCUGGCGGGGGCAGGUUGCGGGAUAUUAUCGUCAGCUAUCACAACCCCAAUCGAGCUGGUCAAGAUCAGGCAACAACAGAUCUUGGAACCGACCACUAGUGCUAAACGCCUACUAUCUGGUGUACCAUCCAGCAUCCCCUCGACCACUGAAGUAGCUCGCCGAAUAUAUCAGGACCGUGGCAUCAAGGGUUUGUAUCGGGGGGUCACCGCGACGGCCUAUAGAGAGAUAGGCUUUGGCUCAUACUUCGCUGCGUACGAAGCAUCCACCCGCUUCUUCUCGAGACCAACGCCAGGGCACGAUAUCGAGGACGUCGCGGGACGGCAUCCCAAUGUGCCAUGGUACGGUUUGCUCAUCUCUGGCGGCUUUGCCGGAGCCUUUAGCUGGUUCACGACCUUUCCCUUCGAUGUCGUCAAGACGCGUAUGCAAAGCAGCGCGGACGGCUCGCUUUCUACUGUAUCUUCUCCCGCCUCUCAUCCAUCACUAUCUACGAGCACGACCUUGAACCACCCGCGACCCUACCGAAGUACUUGGUCGACAAUUAUCGCCUCAUAUCGUGCCGAAGGCGCUGGGGUGUUCUUCCGCGGUCUGGCGCCAACGCUGAUUCGGGCUAUUCCCGUGAACAUGGUCACUUUUUCGACGUUUGAGCUGGUGGUCAACACGCUGUCGUGA